AAGCCACUCACGUCAUUUUCUAGUUACAAGAACCUUGUCAGUUUUCGAUUUUCAUCAGCUAGCAGUCGCGAUUGGCAUCAGAGCGCGUCCAACUCGAAACUUCGAUCAACAUUUUAUUUAUUUGCUUUUCUGUUCUUCUCACAUAAAAGAGAACUCAAUUCUUGAAAGUCAGAGCAGGAGUCUACUCUUCUUUCAAGAAAUUUCUCUAAAUCUCUCUAGAACAAACACCAAAUUCUUAUUAUACUGGUCAAUUGCUCAUAUACAAACGCGAUGGCGCCUUCAAAGCGUCGCUCUACUGGACACUUAGAGGGAGAGCCUCGUAUCAAAUCCAGCCGCAAUAACAGCAGAGCCUCCCCAAGCUCACAAGGAUACGCCUCUGGAUCUCGUAAUCCCCAACCCUAUUACGUCUAUCAGCAAGCUCCUCCGUCUUCUCUGGGCUUCUCUAACCUGCAUACUCGGAGUGUGGAAGAGUACAUCGAUGAUGAUGCUCCGGACGCCACUCAAGCCACUGAUGACCCCCUCUCAUCAUCCGAACUUUACGGAACCAUGGACAAAAAAAUUGUAGGCGUUCAAUACUACAACGGAGUUGUCAACCCCGGCGAAAAGAUUCUUUGCCGUCGCGAUCCUCACAACCCUUACGACCCCAAUGCCAUUCGCGUAGAUAACGUCAUGCGGGUCCAAAUCGGUCAUCUCCCUGCCAAGGUCGCUCUCAAGCUUGCGCCCUACAUCGACAGAGGCGAGAUAACCCUAGAAGGUGUUCUCACAGGCCACAAGGAUACCUUUGAUUGCCCCAUUCGCUUGUUCUUGUAUGGUACUAGUGACCCAUCGACUCGCCUCGAGUUGGAGGUUAAGCUGAAGGCCGAUAAGAUUCUGAAGGCUACAGAGCUCAAGACUACUAGGCAACAAGCAGAAGCCGAAAGAAACGCUACAAUGCGUCUGAAUAGCCAGACGACCUCUAUCGGCUUUGGCGCUGAAGAGACGGGACAACUAGAGCUGGCCGAAAACCCGCUGGCCGGUAGUGAAGUUACUCGCUUAAGAGGUGACCUUAGUUCCGCCGAUGCAUUUGCGAUGGACGAGGACUCCUUGUCCAAGCUUCCAAAGGCGCACCAACCCGAGAGUAUCCAGUCGACGAUGCUACCGCAUCAACUCCAGGGAUUGGCUUGGAUGACCAGCCAAGAGAACCCCCGUCCCCCGGCUCCCGGAUCAAAAGAAGCUGUUCAGUUGUGGAAGCGCAAUAAUCAUGGCAAUUUUUUCAACAUCGUCUCUAAUCAUAUCACGAAGACACAACCCCAAUUUAUUUCGGGCGGUGUGCUUGCUGAUGACAUGGGUCUAGGAAAGACACUCCAGGUUACCAGUUUGAUCAUGUCAACCGGCUUUAAUGAGGGUCCUACUUUAAUCGUUGCCCCAGUCGGCGUCAUGAGCAAUUGGGAACAGCAGAUCGAGCGACACGUAAAGGAGAACCAAAGACCCCGCGUUUUCAGAUACCAUAAGGCUCUUGCAAAGAAGAGCGAAUUGUUAAACCAUGACAUCGUCAUUACUACCUACGACAAAGUACGCAUUGAUGCUCCUGGCGGACCGCUGUUCUCAGUACAGUGGCGCCGGGUUGUCUUGGAUGAAGCCCAUGCCAUCAGGAACUCCACAAGCCGUAGAGCUCUAGCUGCGUAUCAGCUACAAGCGAAGUCUCGCUGGAUGUUGACCGGCACACCAAUCGUCAAUUCAACAAAGGAUUUCCUAUCAGUGUUGAAGUUCCUCAGAAUUACUGGUGGUAUUGAGGAACCCGCAAUAUUUUUGCGACUCAUCGACAAACCAUUGUCGAAUGGUGUAGCGGGUGCAAACAACAACGAUUAUGCCUUAGCUUCGCAACUAUUCCAGUCCCUAACGCGGGACCUCUGUCUUCGUCGAAGAAAGGAUAUGAGCUUCGUUGAUUUGAAACUGCCUACUAAAACGGAAUAUAUCCAUCGUAUCAAGUUCAGGGGGGGAGAAAAAAUUAGAUACGAUGCUCUGUUUACCGAAACCGCCGAAUUAUUGGGCGCAUAUCGGCGCAGUCGAAGUGGUCAAGGCCCCCAGAUAAGAUUCGUUAGCGUUCUGGAGAAGCUUUUACGUCUCAGACAAUUAUGCUGCCAUUGGACAUUGUGCGGAGGCCGAGUGAAAGACGUCUUGAGACCUCUUGACGGCGAGGAUGUUGUUGACUUCAGUCCGGAAAACCGUAAAAUUUUACAAGAGGCCCUCCUAACCGCCAGCGAGGAGGGAGAAGAGUGCCCAAUCUGUAUGGAUUCGAUCAGCAUCCAUAUCCCUGUGAUCACGACCUGCAAACAUCGUUUUGGGAAGCCUUGUAUUACGAGGGCACUUGAAGGAGCUAAGAAAUGUCCGAUGUGCCGCCACCCGUUGAAUGUGGACAGCAUCAUGGAGCUUGAAUCUUCGGAUGUCAAUCACAAAUUUAAUGGGGACACACAAAGCUCAAAAACCGAAGCUCUGGAGAAGAUUUUGAAGGCAAAGCUGAAGGACCCAAAGUCCAAGGUUGUUGUCUUCUCUCAAUGGACAUCUUUCCUAAACGUCAUUGCGAAGUUACUGGACGAGAUGAGUUAUAAAUAUUGUCGUCUUGAGGGUUCAAUGACAAUAGCUCGGCGUGAUGAAUCAAUCGACGCUUUGACUAACGAUCCUGACACUCGUAUUAUGCUCGCCAAAUUGGGAGCAAGUGAUGUCGGUCUGAAUCUGGUUGCUGCUGACACAGUCAUCCUUGUAGAUUCUUGGUGGGCACCAGCCAUCGAAGAUCAAGCCAUUGACCGAGUACACCGCCUCGGUCAAACACGCGAGACAACAGUUUGGAAAUUAGUCAUGGACGGCACUGUUGAAGAGCGCGUUCUUGAUGUUCAAGCCAAGAAACGCGAAUUAGUCAACCUAGCUUUUCAGGACAAGGCUCGAGAGCAGACGGAAACUAGUCACUUGGAUAAUGUUCUCAGAUUACUAGCAUAAGCUCUCGGCUUCGGUACAGUUACGCUGACAUCCGGCAUAUACGAUAGGGAUGGCGCUCGGUGGAAUGUAAAUGGACGGAUAGAAGGUGGUAAAUCAAAAGCAUGUAUUGCUGCAAGUCAGCCCCGGAGGCUUGCUUGUCAUUUCGAUCAUUACUACUGUC